UCCUCGGUCCGUCCCUCCCUCUUGUUUGCUAAUCAUUUCAUUUUACUCCUUUUUGAAGCGCUGGCUCGUUUUUUUAUUCCACUUUUCAUUUUUCCUCAAUCCGCGGCUGCUUGCCUCCCUCUGAUCCCGGCUCUCCCCGCUCCGCUCUGUCCACGUCAGGCUCUCCGGAUUCCGGCUGAUUCUCCUCCGCGGCUCCUCUGAGAUGCUCUCCCCGCUCCUCGUGCCUCUCUCCGCCCUCCUUUAACUUCAGAGACGCCGGUUUGAAGCACCGAGCCUGGACUGGGAUCUAAAACAAACCCCGGAGAAACCCUGAGGAAUCCGGGGCUCUUCUCUGGAUCAGGACCCGGUACUUUGGGGAAGCUCACUUGUGUGUCCCCCACCCCUCCUCCUCCUCCUCCUCCCCUCCUUCCUCCUCCUCAUCACUCCUUUUCUCUCCACCUUAAUCCAGGUGGUCCUUUUUGGCUUUUUUGAGUGGCUGGUACAGGGAGGAUUAUUCUUCAUCUUCUUUCUUGUUUCUGGUGAAGACAAAGCUCCCAGAAGGACACUUUGAUGUUCUCCAUCCAGGACAGCCUCCCCCGGGGGGCCCUGACCAUGAAGGAGGAGCCGCUCCCCACCGGCAUGACCCCGGUCCGCUCCUGGAUGCAGGGCGCAGGGAUUUUGGACGCGAACACAGCGGCCCAGAGCGGGGUGGGAUUGGCCCGAGCUCACUUUGAGAAGCAGCCUCCGUCCAACCUGAGGAAGUCCAACUUCUUCCACUUCGUUCUGGCGCUGUACGACCGACAGGGUCAGCCGGUCGAGAUCGAGAGGACUUCCUACGUGGACUUUGUGGAGAAAGACAAGGAAUACAAUGGAGAGAAGACCAACAAUGGAAUCCACUACAGGCUGCAGCUGCUGUACAGCAACGGCAUCCGGACAGAACAGGAUCUAUAUGUCCGACUGAUCGACUCCAUGACCAAACAGCCCAUCCUGUACGAAGGCCAGGACAAGAACCCGGAGAUGUGCCGCGUCCUCCUCACCCACGAGAUCAUGUGCAGUCGGUGCUGCGACAAGAAGAGCUGUGGAAAUCGCAACGAGACGCCGUCGGACCCCGUCAUCAUCGACAGAUUCUUCCUGAAGUUCUUCCUCAAGUGCAAUCAGAAUUGUUUGAAAAAUGCAGGAAACCCAAGAGACAUGAGAAGGUUUCAGGUGGUGGUGUCCACUACGGUCAACGUGGAUGGUCACGUGCUCGCCGUGUCAGACAACAUGUUCGUCCACAACAACUCCAAACAUGGCCGCCGUGCUCGACGCCUGGACCCCUCUGAAGCAGCCACGCCCUGCAUCAAAGCCAUCAGUCCGAGCGAGGGCUGGACGACCGGCGGUGCCACCGUCAUCCUCAUCGGGGACAACUUCUUCGACGGGCUGCAGGUGGUCUUCGGCACCAUGCUGGUCUGGAGCGAGCUGAUCACCCCACACGCCAUCCGGGUCCAGACUCCCCCGCGACACAUUCCCGGAGUCGUGGAGGUAACGCUGUCCUACAAGUCCAAACAGUUCUGCAAAGGAGCGCCGGGACGCUUCGUCUACACCGCCUUGAACGAGCCCACCAUCGACUAUGGCUUCCAGAGGCUACAGAAGGUCAUCCCACGCCACCCUGGAGACCCCGAGAGGUUACCAAAGGAAGUUCUGUUGAAGCGAGCAGCAGACCUGGUGGAAGCUCUGUACGGGAUGCCCCACAACAACCAGGAGAUCAUCCUGAAGCGAGCGGCCGACCUCACCGAGGCGCUCUACAGCGUUCCUCGCAGCCACAACCAGCUGCCAUCGCUCACUGGAUCCGCCGCCCACUCGGGGAUGAUGGGGGUCAACUCGUUCAGCAGCCAGCUCGCCGUCAACAUUUCUGAGGCCUCGCAGGCCGACCAGGGUUACUCCCGUAACUCGAACAGUGUGUCUCCUCGCGGAUACGUGCCGAGCUCCACGCCUCAGCAGUCCAACUACAACACCAUCACGUCCACCAUGAACGGAUAUGGCGCGGCGGGGAUGACCAACCUGGGCGUUCCCGGCUCCCCCAGCUUCCUCAACGGCUCCACCGCCAACUCUGCUUACGCAAUCAAACAGAAGAGCGCCUUCGCCCCCGUCGUGCGGCCACAGACCUCCCCGCCCCCCACCUGCACCACCACCAAUGGCAGCAACCUCCAGGCCAUGGCCGGUCUCAUCGUUCCCCCCAUGUGAGGAGGAUUCCCUACAUGAUGCCGACAGAACCCCACCCAACACCAAUCGACCUCCACCAAGCUGAAACUCCACAGCAGUGAAAGAUCCUUCACACCAACCGAACCAUCCGACCCCGACGCCUCCGAGUCUUCCUCCGAUCUUCCACCUCCGGAUUCUUUUCCUCUUCUGGAGGAAGGCCUGGAGGAAAUCGUGAACUUUGGGUGGGAUGGACGCCAUCUGCAGGUUUUUCUUUAAAAACCUGUGUAGACGGAACUGGUCUGGGAUCAGUUUAGACCGGGUCCACAAAGAGCUUCUGUUCAACACAAAGUCAACAAAAUAUAUAUAUAUAUGUAAAAAAAAACAAGAAAAAAACUCAUAGAGAUGAAGGUGGAAAAUUUUAUUAAGUUUAGUUUCCAUUUUUAUAAAAACAGUAACUAAUUCGUUACUACAGAUGCAACUACAGAUGCUCAGCACUCAUCUACUUCACUGAACAGAAAAAAUAAAUUAGCAAAAAGUUAUUUUAUCAGCUGUUUGAUUGGUUUUCAGGGUCAUGAAGCAGGUUAGGAAGUCUUACUUCUGAAGAUGUUUUCUUUUAUUUUUUCUAUUUGGAGAUCAGAAAAUCACAUUUCCAGACUGACUUUUUCUGUCUGGGGAAAUCUCAGAGAAGAGACAGGAUGAAGAUGGAUGCUGAAUUAGCGGUUGUUUGAGGGCACCUCAGUGAGACUACCAAAGUUCAGUAAUGCUUCUUUAAAAUGGAUGUAAGCAUGUUAGUCUGACCAAAUUCAUACGAAAUCCAAACCCCGAGAACCCGACCAACACACCCAGAUAGAAAAUGAGUCUGACUGAUGGAGAAAUCAAUUCACACUCAUUUGUUCCUCAGAUGUUACUCAGUGCUCUUCAGAUGCUCCAACGUUCAUUUUUCAUUUCCAGACAGUCACUCUGCUCAAAUAAAAACCUGAUUUUAGAACAAAAUAACCGUUCAGGGACCUUAAAGACGACGUCUUAGUAGAGAAUUCAGCUGGACUUCCGUGGACCAUGAUCUCCUCCAGAGGACGUUAGAAGCUGCAACAUUUUCUCACCCAGUCCACAGCGACGUGGUUUCAGUCCAUCUGAGGCGAAUCCCCUCCUGUUUGGGUAAACUGGAACGAGGAUGGUGGUCCAGUGGUGCUCAUAUUAUAUAUAUAUACAUAUAUAUAUAUAUAUAUAUAUAUAUAUAUAUAUAUAUGAAGCUGGGGGAAAAAGGGGAAACAGAUAUGUUAACAUUUCUAUCUCAGACUUUUUUUCUUGUCCAAAUCUUCACAAAACUUAAUAUAUAUGAACACUGAACAUUGAAAUAUGAACAUUGUGUUUAUCAACAUUUUGUUUUCCUGCCUUGUGAAGCUGAUGGAAUUGAUGGGCGAUCAGGUGAAUUUGCGACGGACCUGACGGAUCUGUUCUCACUGGAACAGAAGCUCUUGAUGGACCUCAGAAACCAGAGCCAAUCUUCAAUUACAUUUUUCAUAUCUGCAAAAACUGUCAGACGGUUUCCAGAUAUGAUGAAUUUUCAAUAAAAAUAAAAAAAUAAAAAUAAAAAAAAAAAACUCAGUGGACUCAAGUCCUUAAAGACCCAAUAAUGACUCUUCCGUCUUGGAGCGUUUUCCAUUCUGUACCAUAGCUCUUAACAAUGUCUGUGUCUCAUAUUAAAGGAGGGAAAUGCAGUAAUUUUGUAAAGAGAGAAUUAAACAUCCUGCCGAGGGCACCAACGUUCGUUCCUCAGUUUAUUUUUAUUUCAAAAGUCUCAUUUUUUUAAUCCAGUACAAUAGUUCUGUUAUGCGGGUGUAUCGAGUGGUAGAUUUUAACCAGAAAGAGCUUGCAGCAGUUUUAAUCACAUUUAGGUACCAGAUUUUCUUGUUAUUCUUCUGAUUGUGCUUAUUUUAUAUGUAUUUAUAAAGUACGUUUUGGGGAGUUUCUUCUGUGAUUUAGGCCUGAAUGAUAGUCUCAAAUAUAUAUGUAAACACAUUUGAUGUCUUAAUAACUUUUAGAUAUUGUAAAAAGAGUGACCAAGUAAGAGGAAUUAACCCUUUUGUAAAAACAAAAAAUGGUCAUGAUGGUCAUGUUCACCCUGUUUUUGAAAGCAGGACGUAAAAACGGCGCUUUCAUCACUUUUGUAUAAAAAUGCUUUUCCGAUACAAUAUUUAACUUUUUGUAAACAGCAUUGUUUGUGUUUCUCCUGGUUCUUCUUGUCCUUUGUGUAUUAUGGUGAAAUGUAUAAUCAUGGUUAUUUCUUAAUGCACUAUUUUUUGUUGGGGCACUUAAGAAGAGCAAUGCAUCUUAGCAAAAAAGAAAAAAGCAGAACUGAGAAAAAAGAAAGCUAGAACAAUAUGCACAGAUAUUUUCCUUUUCUUUUUAUUCCUGUCAUUCUGAAUGGAGAGGAAUCCUCUAUGUGAAACCUUUUAUCUCCAAACGUCAACCGUCAUGAUUCCUCCUCCCUUCCUUUUGGACUAAGCGGACUUCUUGGUCUGAAGAUUUUAAUUCUCAUCUUUUUGUGUUUUUCUUUUUUCUGAGUGAGAAUGGCUGCAUUUUAAAAACUGGCUGCAGAUUUUUAAAACCUCUGAACUCAAGGAAACUUCCAUGGAUGUUGGUGUUGAUGGUGCUGUUCUUAUCGUUGCAUACAAUCUGGACCAUCUAAUUAUGCAAAUCUGUUUCUGUUCUGUACCACCAGCUUGUAAUCCAUGCUGCAAGUUGGGAAAAAAAAUGAAAAGAGUCAUGUUUGAUGCCUUACACCUAAAGUAAACUCAGCAGAAAGGCAGUAAAUGAGUGUUUGGUGAAUUAUUUAUUUAGUGUAACUAAAUCUCACAUCAUUGGAAAGCCUUAAUAUUCUCUUCUUUGCAUUUGUGGGAUGAGCAGGAGAGUUGAGUAUGUGGGCUGUCCCCAUGAAAAACUUCUAAUCUUCUCUCUCAAGGCCAAACAGCUGAUUCUGCUGUUGACUCUUGUGUUGUUGUAGUUUAAUGGACUGAAUGAUUGAAGUCCGAGAAAACGAGACAUAUUUAAGGGGCUUAGUUUUUCAAAGGCACAACCCACAUAUCCAACUCUGAUGCUCAUCCCAUAAAUGCAUUUUCCCUACAAAUAUGACUUAAUUUAAAAGAAAAUAAGCUUUCUAACAAUAUGAACUAUUUUCAAGAAGAAUUGUUACAACAAAGAAAUAGUCCACCAAACACUGUCUGUAUUCUUACUGCUGAAUGUAUUUUCCAUUUAUCAUUUACUUAUUUAUUUAGCUUUGCUUAGCCCAGAUAUUUCUUUUAAAGUUUUGAAGGAAAUUUCAUCCUGAUUAAGACAAAAUAUUCCACAUUCAUGAUGAAAAUAAAACUCUAGAGAUAUCUCUUUACUGUCUUAUAUUAAAUUAUGAUACAGUUAUAAGACCUGAAAAGAACAAAGAUGGGAUUUAAAUUUAAUGAUUUGGAGAAACUUGAGAAAACAUUUGUAUUAUUCGAAAUUUAUCAGAAAACAACACAAAAACUACUGUAGCUGCAGCAAAUAUUUUAAAACCACGCAUUUGUGAGGAAAACAGAUAAAUAUUCUAAGUGCUGUGUGUUUCUUACAUAAAUGCUAACUUGGUUAGCUGCAGCUCUUACAUGAGAAUCUGGAACGAACGCGUUUGAGUAGUUUGUUUAACAUGCUGAAGUUCGGGCUGAAAGAGUCUGAAUAAGCAAAAAUCUGUAAUUUAGAAUAAAAAGAUUCAUUUUAGGGUUUGUAAAUGUUUUAUGCAGCAGGAGCAGUAGAAGCCGUCACCCUCUCCAGUCUCUGAGGAAAAGCCAUGUUUUGGUUAAAGUGAUUUGUGGUUAGACUGAAUCUCAUCAACAUGAAAUCCAACAUCCGUCACCUCAAACUGCUUCUGUUGCUUUCUGUUGUCCGAGUUGUAGACAGUUGUCUUCUUCCCUGAUGGUUUUUAAUCAAGGGUUUAAGCUGAAAAAUACAUUUUCUGGAUGUUUUAAAUGUGAACGAGGGCAGAGGCACUGCAUCUUUGUGAAAUAUGAAGUAUAUCAUCAAAGUAUAUCAAAGCACAAUGUUUAAUUAAUGUCUUUAGGAUACGAAGGGGGGGAGGGGGGCACCCUCCUGGUUUUUCUUUUUCUGUCUCUUGCCAUGCUGUAAAUAGAUGCAUGUCUUGUUUUUCAGUUUUUGAUUUGAUUGGGUUUUUUAAUUUUUAUUUUUUCUGUGAUCCAGUGCUUUUUGUACAGAAACAGUCUAAUAAAGAUUACAUUUGGCUUGAA